UUUUUCUUCCCCAAAAAAAUUUUUUUUGGGGGGUGAGCGCGCUCGAAAAAUUACCAUUUUUUUUUGAGGUGUCCUGCGCGGUGGGAGCACACGCAGCGGAUCAUCAUCAGUCAUUCACCACCUUGACAACCUCGCCUGUGAUUGACAGCCGGAGUGGCAAAAAGCCAUGAGACUUGGUAGUUGGGUUUGAGGGGCACUUUAAAAAAAAAAAAAGAAAAAGAAAAAGAAAAAAAAAACUGAUUUGGGGAAAGGAUAUUUGCUUUCGCCCCGCUGCUGUCUUGGAAACGAGAGAGGGAGAGUAAGAGAGAGAGACAGGGAGAGAGGAAAGAAAGAAAAAAGAAGGAAGGAGGGAGAGUUGAUUUUUUUUUUUUUCUUCUUCUUCUUCUGAUUUUUUUUUUUCCUCCUUUUUUAAUGCUGAGUUACCGUAUCGCUUCGCUGAGAUCCAGCAAGCAGAAGAUUUUACUCGAUUGCUUCCAUUGCUGGCGACGCUAAGGGAUUUUUGCAUUUUUGGGGGGGGGUGAGGGGGGGGGAACUUCGCGUUUCUUUCUUUUCACACUGGCCUUAAAGAGGAUAUAUUAGAAGUUGAAGUAGGAAGGGAGCAAGCAGGCCGAUGGCGCAAAGGUACGACGAGCUGCCCCACUACGGCGGCAUGGAGGGGGUGGGCAUCCCCACCACCAUGUACGGGGACCCCCACGGCGCCCGCCCCAUGCAGCCCGUCCACCACCUCAACCACGGGCCGCCGCUCCACUCGCACCAGUACCCGCACGCCGCCCACGCCAACGCCAUGCCCCCCGCCAUGGGAGCCUCCGUCAACGACGCCCUCAAGAGAGAUAAAGAUGCCAUCUACGGACACCCCCUGUUCCCUCUUUUAGCACUGAUUUUUGAGAAAUGUGAAUUAGCUACAUGCACACCCAGGGAGCCCGGGGUAGCGGGAGGCGAUGUUUGCUCCUCUGAGUCUUUCAAUGAAGACAUAGCAGUGUUCGCCAAACAGAUCCGAGCAGAGAAACCCCUCUUUUCUUCUAAUCCUGAACUGGAUAACUUGAUGAUUCAAGCCAUACAAGUAUUAAGGUUUCAUCUGUUGGAAUUAGAGAAGGUACACGAAUUAUGUGACAAUUUCUGCCACCGGUAUAUUAGCUGUUUGAAAGGAAAAAUGCCUAUCGAUUUGGUCAUAGACGAUAGAGAGGGCGGAUCAAAAUCGGACAGUGAAGACAUAACAAGAUCAGCAAACCUAACAGAUCAGCCCUCCUGGAACAGAGACCACGAUGAUACGGCAUCAACGCGUUCCGGGGGAACCCCCGGGCCCUCCAGCGGAGGACACACAUCGCACAGUGGGGACAACAGUAGUGAACAAGGUGACGGCUUGGACAACAGUGUAGCUUCCCCCAGCACAGGUGAUGAUGAUGAUCCAGAUAAGGACAAAAAGCGACAUAAAAAGCGUGGCAUCUUUCCCAAAGUAGCCACAAAUAUCAUGAGGGCAUGGCUGUUCCAGCAUCUAACACACCCUUACCCUUCAGAAGAACAGAAAAAGCAGUUGGCACAAGACACGGGGCUCACUAUACUUCAAGUGAACAAUUGGUUUAUUAAUGCUAGAAGAAGAAUAGUUCAGCCCAUGAUAGACCAGUCCAAUCGAGCAGUAAGUCAAGGAACGCCCUAUAACCCCGACGGGCAGCCAAUGGGAGGUUUCGUGAUGGACGGCCAGCAGCACAUGGGCAUCCGAGCGCCAGGGCUGCAAAGUAUACCAGGGGAUUAUGUGUCUCGGGGUAGUCCAAUGGGUAUGAAUAUGGGACAGCCAAGCUAUACCCCACCCCAGAUGCCCCCCCAUCCCGCUCAGCUGCGUCAUGGCCCCCCCAUGCAUACCUACAUUCCUGGACACCCUCACCACCCAGCGAUGAUGAUGCAUGGAGGACCACCCCACCCUGGAAUGCCCAUGUCAGCAUCAAGCCCCACAAUGCUUCAUACCGGCGAGACGGCAGUGAGCGGACAAGUGAUGGACAUUCAUGCUCAGUAGCUUAAGGGAAAACAGGCGUUGUCUGCAGCGAGGGUAGAUUUCAAACAUUGUCUUUCUGCAACGACUACGGGAGUUCUUGGCGUCAACUUUGGACCAAGGGACGUUCUGAUUCUUCACAGGGACCCUGAAAAAAAAAAUAAUUAAAAAAAGAAAAGAAAAGAAAAGAAAAGAAAAGAAAAGAAAAGAAAAGAAAAGAAAAGAAAAGAAAAGAAAAGAAAAGAAAAGAAAAGAAAAGAAAAGAAAAGAAAAGAAAAGAAAAGAAAAGAAAAGAAAAGAAAAGAAAAGAAAAGAAAAGGAGAGAAAAGGAGAAAAGCAAAGCAGGAAAACACCACCCGAAGCCAACUUCCUUCCAGGGGACAUGCUGAAUGCCUAUAUGAGAACAGGAAGAGAACAAAGAGUGGAAUAUUGUAAAAUGCUAUUAUACUGUUAUCCAUAUUACGUUGUUUCUUAUAGAUUUUUUAAAAAAAAAAUGUGAAAUUUUUCCACACUAUGUGUGUUGUUUCCAUAGCUCUUCACUUCCUCCAGAAGCCUCCUUAUACAUUAAAAGAGAAGCCUUACACUUAUCCUGCAAAUGACAGAAAGGGCUUAUUUGCAGGAUUUUUAGAGCAUUAAAAUAACUAUGUCAGGCAGAAGAAUCUUUCUUCUAUCCUAGGAUUUCAGCCAUGCACACUCUCUAUCUCUCUCCUCCUCCCCUCUCUCUCUGUCUUUCUUCUCUUUCUCUCCCUUUCUCCCCAUCUCUCUCCCUCCCUCUCUCUCUCUUUCUAGCCUGGGGCGUGAAUUUGCAUGUCUAAUUCAUUUACUCACCAUAUUUGAAUUGGCCUGAACAGAUGUAAAUCGGGAAGGAUGGGAAAAACUGCAGUCAUCAACAAUGAUUAAUCAGCUGUUGCAGGCAGUGUCUUAAGGAGACUGGUAGAAGGAAGCAUGGAAACGGAAAGGCAGUGUAUUUGAAGCCUAAUUGUCACAUCAGAGCAUCCUUGUCCCCAUGCAGCAACCACCACCUUGUACAUCACUUCCUGUUUUAUGCAGCUCGAAACAUGGACUGAAGAUUUUAUUUUUCAAUAUGUUGACUUUCUUUCUGGGCGAGACAUCAGUCAUGUGUGCAUUUGUUUGGGGUUCUUUUUGGUUUUGUUUUGUUUUGUUUUGUUUUUUUUCCCCCAUAGUCCCAUCAUGGAGCAUUUAUGUAUACAUUGUAAAUAAAUUUUGUGCAAAAAGGACUGGAAAAAUGAUCUGUAUUAUUGCAAUUUUUUGUAAAAGUAGCAGUUUGGUAUGAGUUGGCAUGCAUACAGAUUUACUAAGUGGGAUAAGCUAAUUAUACUUUUGUUGUGGUUAAACAAAUGCUUGUUGAUAGCCUUUUUCUAUCAAGAAACCAAGGAGCUAAUUAUUAUUAAUAAUAAUCAUUGCACACUGAGUCUUAGAGUUUCUGAUUGAAACAGUUUGGAUUGUAUAAUAACUCAAAGCCCAGUUGUAGUAGUUUGAGUGCAGUAAUGAAAUCUGAAUCUAAAAUAAAAACAAAUUAUUUUUUGUCA